AUGGAGCGUGCGCAGUCUGCUGCCACUGAAGAGCUACAGAAGCAGCUGCGCCAGAAAGAAGUGCUCAAAGAGGCCACCGCGCAGCAGCUGGAGCGGGCCGAGCGACAGAAGCGGAGUGCAGCGCGCCGCGCGCUCCGAGAUCAAGAAGCGAUGGAUCGCACACUCGAGCAGGAGGAGCAGCAGCGCCAGCAGGACCCGGAUUGA